AUGUCGCCCCAAGUCAAGAGUCCUACUGCAUUGGCCCAUGUCGUACUCAGGACCAACAAUUACCGGGCCAUGGUGGACUUCUACGUGCAGUUUCUCGGCGGAAAGGUUGCCUAUGAAAAUGAGUACCUUGCAUUCAUCACCUACGAUGAGGAACAUCACCGAAUCGCCAUCUUGCAACUCCCCGAGACGGCCAACAAGGUGCGAAAUACCGCCGGGCUCGAGCAUAUCGCCUUCACCUUCGACACUUUGGACGACUUGGCCUUAGCGUACCGGCAGCGCAAAGAACUGGGAAUGCUGCCUGUGUGGUGUGUGAACCACGGGCCGACCACCAGCAUGUACUACGAAGACCCGGACGGCAACCAGCUGGAAACCCAGGUGGACAAUUUCGACUCGGUGGAAGAGACGGACAAGUUCAUGAGAAGCAACGCUUUUGCUGAGAACCCGAUCGGAGUGGAUUACGAUCCAGAAGACCUCAUUCGGAGACUCCAGGCCAGGGAAGAUGACAAGUCGAUCAAGGAGAGGCCCAACAUUGGCCCAAGAAGCCUUCCACCAGUUCACUGA